AAGAUCCAGCAAGACGACCAGGACGCUCUGAGGUUUCUGUGGAGAAACGACCCCACAGAAAACAUGAAGACGUACGCGAUGACGUCACUUAUUUUUGGUGCAAAUUGUGCUCCGUUCGUCGCGCAAUUUGUUAAAAAUAAAAACGCCCAGCGAUUUGAAUCGUCAUUUCCCGCCGCCGUCGAUGCCAUCGUCAACUCGCACUAUAUGGACGACUACAUCGACAGCCUGCCCGACGAGGCGACAGCGAUCGAAAUGGUAAGAAACGUCAGUGAUAUCCACAGGGCGGGCGGCUUUGAAAUAAGAAACUGGACGAGCAACAGCGUCGCAGUUUUAAACAGCGUGCCAAAGGAGACCUUAGGUACUGCUGCUGUAAGGUUCAAAGUCGGCCAGCAACAUGAAAGCGAGCGUACCUUGGGUCUCAUUUGGUACCCGGCUGAUGACAUACUGGGCUUCGAUUUGUCAUUAAAACGUAUACCGAGCGACGUACUUAAAGGUGAGAAUAGGCCUACAAAACGUUUAAUGCUAAGAGUAAUUAUGUCAAUUUUUGAUGUACUAGGUUUCUUAGCACCCUUCACGAUUCAAGGCCGAAUCAUGCUUCAAGAGGCUUGGCGCUUACAGGUGGAUUGGGAUGAUUACAUUCCAGAUCAGAUUUAUCACAAGUGGCGAAAGUGGGUUGACCUCCUAAAGGUAAUUAAAGAUAUUCGUAUACCUAGGUGGUACUGCACGGCCGCGCGCAAUGCGGUAAGGGACAGCCAAUCGGCGACAGCGCGUGCGAGCGAAAUGCAAGACUGUGUGGAUGUCGACGCAGCGGCACCGGCACCUACCUUUCCCCCCGCGGCCCCCGCGACCCACGCGCCUACGCAAGGUGCUACGAAAGGCUACGAGGGCGUAGCGGCAUCUACAUGUGCUACGACCGCAUCGAGUAGUAGGUAUUCAUAUUAUAAUAAUUUACAAAUGCAUUUUUUUAGCGAUGCAUCUACUCAGGCGAUGUCAGCUGUGGGCUAUUGGCGCUGGGAGGAUAACGGUACUACUUAUGUUGCAUUUAUUGCAAGCAAAAGCAGAGUUAUGCCGGUAAAACAGCUGACUAUACCGAAGGCUGAGCUGCAAGCUGCAUUGUUGUCGGCAAGACUAGCCAAUGCAAUUGGAAAGGAGCAUAAACUAACGCCUACGAGGCGUUACUUCUGGUGUGACUCCUCAACUGCGAUACAUUGGAUUCGCAACAAAAACCGUACGUAUAAGGCCUUUGAAGCAAAUCGUUUGGGGGAGAUUGACGACCUUACCCGCGUGAACGAGUGGCGGUACAUUUCUACGAAACUAAAUGUUGCCGAUUUAGCUACGCGGGACUCGUUUGAUCUAGCCCUACAGAAUGAGUGGUUCAAAGGUCCUUCUUUUUUAUACGCUGACGAAAGUCAAUGGCCUAAAGAUAUUAUACCGACUGGUAACGAGGAGGAGACAGAGGAAUGCGUAGCGGUCGUCCAAGUGUGCGACGAACCUGCAUGCAUACCAGUUCCGGACCCGCAGCGCUUCUCUUCAUGGCUUCGUCUCACCCGCGCCACGGCCACGGUGCUAAAGUUCAUCGCUAGGUGCAAAGGUCAAGCGGCCGAGAUCGACUGCGCAAUGAUGGAGCGUGCCGAGAUAUUGCUACUAAAAUACGCGCAAAACGAGUCUUUCGGGGAAGACUUAGCCAGAAUUAAGGCGCGCGGGGCAUUACAUCGCGCAAGUAAGUUAUUAAAAUUAUCACCCGUUUUAGACGAAAAUGAAUUACUUCGCGUGGGCGGGCGCAUUGACGCCGCAUCAGAUGUGCCUCUGGACGUCAAGAGACCCGUAAUCCUGGACGGCCGUCAUCAGGUAGCACGAUUAAUCGUUCGAUAUUACCAUGUCAAAGCGGCCCAUGGAAGUCAGGAGAUGGUGGUAAACGAAAUUAAACAAAGGUAUUGGGUAAUUAAACUUAGACCUACUGUUAAACUCGUGACGUCAAGGUGCAUGUUGUGCAGGAUAAUGAAGAGCAAACCUCAGGUACCUCGCAUGGGAGAUUUGCCAGAGGCCAGAAUAGAACACCAUCAGCGGCCCUUUUUUCACUGUGGGUUAGACCUUUUUGGGCCAAUGGAGGUCGCGGUCGGUCGCCGCAGAGAAAAGAGAUAUGGUGUUCUAUUCACAUGCCUCACAGUGCGGGCAAUUCAUAUCGAGCUUGUUGCCUCCCUUACAACUGACUCGCUCAUUAUGGCGUUGCGACGAAUGGCGGCGCGGCGCGGCUGGCCGCGCCAUCUGUACUCGGACAACGGUACUAACCUGAGGGGCGCCGACACAGAGUUGCGCCGGUCCAUGGAGGCGCUAGAUAUGGACGUGCUAAAAGCUGAGGGGGUAAAUAACAACAUGGACUGGACUUUUAUUCCCCCCGCCAGCCCUCAUUGGGGUGGGGCGUGGGAACGUUUAAUACGUUCAGUAAAGACGGCUCUCAAGGUCGUUUUAAAAGAACGAGCACCAAGGGACGAAGUUUUGACCACAUUAAUGGCAGAAGUUGAGAACAUGGUCAACAGUCGUCCAUUGGUGCACGUGUCUGUCGAUCCUGCUGACGGUGAGUCUCUUACUCCUAAUCAUUUCCUUUUAGGGUCAUCAUCGCGACUCCCUAUUGUAGGAGAGUUCGAUGAUUCUGAUCUCAACUUGAGGAAACUAUGGCGGAAGGCGCAGAGGCUCGCUGACAUGUUUUGGCAGAGGUGGCUAAGAGAAAUCUUACCCACCCUUGUGCCUAGGACAAAAUGGCUGGAGGAGCGGAAGCCGUUAAAGGUAGGAGAUCUCGUUCUGGUCGUGGAUCCCAACUCUCCCCGUAAUAUGUGGCCGAAGGGGUUGAUCACCCAGGUGAUGCCUGGCGGAGACGGCCGCAUCCGUGUAGUGGAGGUGAGGACGGCUACCGGGACUUACCGGCGAUCCGCGGCACGCAUCGCCCCGAUUCCCGUAAGUUUAGAGUGCUGA